AUGGAGAUCCACCCAGGUGCACAGCCGCAUAUGGACUUCCGUCAAGGUUUUCCGAAGGAGGUGUUCGAGUACUGGGUAGCACUGCUCCCUCAAUCGGUGACCUCUCAUAAAGUUCAUCUUCACGCAGGGAGUGAGCUGGACAUCCCUCCCCCAUCGGGGAUGAAGGUCUACCCUAAAGACCCACCUUCACAGGCCGUGACAAGCAAUCCAAUCGACAUGGCGCAAUUGGGCGGCACUGUGAGAGGUCCACAAGGAUGGAUCGUUCAUGCUCGCAGCGGGGACAAAGCUAGCGAUGCUAAUUUGAGGAGCCUUUUGAGCAUCGAGAAGAUCAAAGAGUUACUGGCCGAGGAGUAUAAGGAAGGCAAACGCAUUGUGAGUGGUUCUCCGGAGACAUGGGCGAAGAGAUGUUAG